CCCCUUGCUUCCUUUUCCAGGAGCCUGGAGAGGUGUGGCUGGACCAAGACCUCCCCCGAUGUGAGCAGGUUUCCUCUUCCCCCCACCACCUAUUGCCACCACGCCAGGGAACGUCCUCAAGCCCUGGCCUUCAGGGAAGAGGUAACAGGAGCCCAGAGCCGAGACCAUGUGACGGCGCUGGCCCUCGCCACCGCCGUCCCCCCCACCCUGGCCCCAGGCCUGGCACCAUGAUGUUCCGAGACCAGGUGGGCAUCCUCGCUGGCUGGUUCAAGGGCUGGAAUGAGUGUGAGCAGACAGUGGCCCUGCUGUCACUUCUGAAGCGGGUCACUCGCACCCAGGCCCGCUUCCUGCAGCUCUGCCUAGAGCACUCCUUGGCGGACUGCAAUGACAUCCACCUGCUGGAGUCGGAGGCCAACAGUGCUGCCGUCGUCAGCCAGUGGCAGCAGGAGUCCAAAGAGAAGGUAGUAUCCCUCCUGCUGUCCCACCUGCCCCUGCUUCAGCCACGCAACACGGAGGCCAAGUCGGAGUACAUGAGGCUGCUGCAGAAAGUGCUGGCCUACUCGAUCGAGAGCAAUGCCUUCAUUGAGGAGAGCCGCCAGCUGCUCUCUUAUGCCCUCAUCCACCCAGCCACCACUCUGGAGGACCGCAACUCACUGGCCCUCUGGCUGAGCCACCUGGAAGAGCGGCUGGCUGGUGGCUUCCGCACCCGGCCUGAGCCCACUUACCACUCACGCCAGGGCUCAGAUGAGUGGGGGGGGCCUGCAGAGCUGAGCCCUGGGGAGGCGGGGUCAGGCUGGCAGGACAAGCCACCCCGGGAAAAUGGACAUGUUCCCUUCCACUCACCCAGCUCGGUGCCACCAGUCGUCAACAGUAUUGGGAGCAACGCAAAUGCAGGUCUCCCCUGCCAAAUCCACCCCAGCCCGCUGAAGCGUUCCAUGUCGCUCAUUCCCACAAGCCCCCAGGCCCCUGGUGAGUGGCCAAGUCCAGAGGAGCUCGGGGCCCGGGCUGCUUUCACCACACCCGACCACGCACCCCUCUCGCCCCAGAGCAGCGUGGCCUCCUCUGGCAGUGAGCAGACGGAGGAGCAGGGCUCCAGCCGGAACACUUUCCAGGAGGAUGGCAGUGGCAUGAAAGAUGUGCCCUCCUGGCUCAAAAGCCUCCGCUUGCACAAGUACGCAGCCCUGUUCUCACAGAUGAGCUACGAGGAGAUGAUGACACUGACGGAGCAGCAUCUGGAGUCUCAGAAUGUCACCAAAGGUGCCCGCCACAAGAUAGCCCUGAGCAUCCAGAAACUGCGUGAGAGGCAGAGCGUCCUCAAGUCCCUGGAGAAGGAUGUGCUGGAAGGAGGAAACCUGCGAAACGCUCUGCAGGAGCUGCAGCAGAUCAUCAUCACCCCUAUCAAGGCCUAUAGUGUCCUCCAGGCCACUGUGGCCACCGCCACUACCACCACCUCUACUGCCAAGGAUGCGGGCCGGGGGGAGCCACUGCUGCCAGGUGCUGAGCCUCCCCUGGCUCAUCCCAGCACAGACAAGGGCACUGAGGCCAAGGAUCCUCCAGCUGCAGAGAGCUAUCCCCCUCCACCAACUCCAGUUCCCACUGAUGGCAGUGAGCCAGCCCCAGCUCCCGUUGCUGACGGAGACAUCCCCAGCCAGUUUACACGGGUGAUGGGCAAAGUGUGCACCCAGCUGCUGGUGUCCCGACCAGAUGAGGAGAACAUCACCAGUUACCUCCAGCUCAUUGAAAAGUGCCUGACUCAUGAGGCUUUCACGGAGACGCAGAAGAAACGGCUGCUGUCCUGGAAACAGCAAGUGCUGAAGCUCCUCCGGACCUUCCCGCGCAAAGCUGCACUAGAGAUGCAGAACUACCGGCAGCAGAAAGGCUGGGCAUUUGGCUCCAACUCACUCCCCAUAGCUGGCUCUGUGGGGAUGGGGGUGGCCCGGCGGACCCAGCGGCAGUUCCCAAUGCCUCCCCGGGCCCUCCCGCCCGGCAGAAUGGGCCUUCUGAGCCCCUCGAGCAUUGGGGGCAUCUCCCCCAGACAUGCCCUCACCAGCCCCAGCCUUGGGGGCCAGGGCCGACAGAACCUAUGGUUUGCCAACCCUGGAGGCAGCAACAGCAUGCCCAGCCAGAGCCGCAGCUCUGUGCAGCGCACCCACUCGCUCCCAGUUCACUCCUCGCCCCAGGCCAUUCUCAUGUUCCCUCCAGACUGUCCGGUCCCUGGGCCUGACCUGGAGAUCAAUCCUACUCUGGAGUCUCUGUGUCUGAGCAUGACAGAACACGCCUUGGGUGAUGGGACAGACAAAACCUCCACCAUCUGACAGGACCCACAGCCCAGCGCACCCAUAGGCUCCCUGGGCGGCGGGCGGGGGCCAACCCCCAACAGGCUUCUCUGCGACAGCGAGAGGGUGGGCUGGCUCAGCUAUACAUUCUAAUAUUUUUCUACUCAUCCUUUUAACUUUUGUUUAACAUUGGCACACGCCUUGCUCACUCCUAGGCCCAUUGAGGGAUCUCAGCUGAGGCCCAGGAAGGUGGGGGCAGCCAGAAUAAAGGGGGCAGGAACUUGGCCAGCCUGCCUGCCCCCUCAUUUCCUCCCUCAUCUCCCACCUGGCCCCAUCCCACCCCUACCUCCUCCAGACUGCUCACCAUCUGCCCCUCCUGAGGGAGCAGCCUCCUCCAGAGACUCACUGACCCACUAUCUUGUGGGGCCUACUCAGAACCAUCUGACAUUUGGGGAGAGACAAGCAGGGUAGAUAACCUGCUCUCCUGAAUGUUAUUUUGAGAGGCGCUAAAGAGAAGGCAGGUGAGAAGAACCUUUCUCCUUGCCGCCGCCUUCUCCUUCCCCAUUCCCAUCAUUCCCCGAGGACAGGAGCCACCCUCUUCUCAGUCACCUCCUUUUGCCCUGUUUAUCAGAGGUUCUCUACAAUUAAUUUCUUAGGCCUAUUUAAGAUACAUAUUUAUAUAGUUCUUAACGGUUUUUCUCUGAUCAUUCCCUCUCAUUUUUAGAAUCCCCAGGCCUCUCUCUGAGCCAAGAAAGUGGCAGGGGGAAUCUGAAUUUUAUGAGGGGAGAGGGGCAGAGCCCCCUCCUCCAGACCCCCUAGCCCUUCCCCCCUUUCCCCCAGCCUUGGCUCCCCAGAUACAGAGGUUGAAGGUGGGGAGCCAGGACAGCCAGUGAGGUCAGGAAGUCUGUUGCCUUAACAUCCCCUUCCCCCAUCAACAUACUCUUCUCCACUCCCAGGUCUGGUUGCUGAAAGACUUGGGGGUAAGGAAUAAGGGAAAGGGGAUUGUUUGGUUUUUUUCUUUCCCCACCCUGUUUUCUUUCAACCUUCCCCCACUCCCCAUUAUGUCAUGACCUCAUUAAGUGGAACACUAUAUCAUAACCCAGAGAUUCGUCCAGCCCCAGAGUCAUACUGACCCUCUGGUCCCUGUUCCUACUGCGGGGUUGUGCUGGGGCCCAGGUGGAGGGAGGGGAUUUAGGGGUUCAGGUUGUGGGGAAGCCAGGGUCCCCUAUUCCAACCCCCUUUUCCCCCUCAACCCUCCCCCACACACUGGGACAUUCUCAAGCUUUUCACACCGAAAAGGGAAAAAUGUUAUUUUUAGAUACAUUUUAUGAAUAACUUUUGUUAUGAAUAUGGCUGGUAACCAUUGUGUAUGUUAUUAAAGAUACAAAAUGUUGGGAAAAAACAAAAAACCAAAAAAAAAAAAUUAAAACCACCGCCCUCCCAGCACUCUCACCCCAUUCCCCUGAUCUUUUGCCCCUGCCCUCCUGGUCUGGACCUCCCUCAGCUCUGAGCCCAGGGAGGGGGGAGAAAGCCAGGGGGUGGUGUAGCCCUGGGGACCUGCUCCAGGUCCCUACCUCCUCUCCCAGUGCCGGGCUGGGUGGGGUGUCAGGUUUAUUUAUGUACCUCUUGCACACUCAUCAACCUAUGCAAGUCCCCCACCCCGGCCCCUCCAUGUUUCUGUGCCUUUGCUCAUUCCCCUGAAACUCCCAGGGCUUCUCCAACUCCCCUCCCACUAGCCCGGGGAAGUGGGAUGGACAGGGGCCACCUCGUUUGGAAUCAGCAGGGUGUCCCUCUUACAGGACCCUCACCUUCUCCCAGCCAGUCCCAUCUUGUUCACUAUCCAUCAGGGUGAGCUGGCUCUGCCUGGCACUGGGAGGUGGUGAGGGACGCCCCCCCCACACACACAAUGGGAGGCAAGAGCUGCCCCCCUCCCCCCACCUGACCAGAGUGUGCAGGACGCAGGCGGCCCCACUCUGAUGGGCAGGACCCUGAUCCUCUCCAGCUACAGCCCCUCCCCAGCCCCCAGCCCUUCCACCAUGAUUUCACCCUCCCUUCUGUCCCCAGCCCCACUGGCAGAAUCAGCUUUGAGUAACUGUACAGUUUUUCUCGCUGUUGGAGAUUUAUUUGUUGGAGUUUCACUUGUUUAAUGGUCUGGGCUUAUUUUGGAAAAAAAAAAACACCAAAAAAAAAAAAA